AUGUCCCCAUACCGACUAGUCUUUGGGAAAGCAUGCCACCUACCAGUGGAAUUUGAGCACAGAGCGUAUUGGGCAUUCAAGCAGUUAAACAUGGACCUCAAAAAGGCUGGAGAAACAAGAGUACUACAGCUACAUGAGUUAGAGGAAUUCAGAAGAGAGGCAUAUGAGAAUGCAUCCAUCUAUAAGGAAAGGACAAAGCAGUGGCACGACAAGAACAUUAGGCAACGAAUUUUUCGAGUAGGGGAUCAAGUGCUAUUAUACAAUUCCCGGCUUAAACUUUUUCCAGGAAAAUUGAAGUCUCAAUGGUCUGGCCCUUUUACGGUCUCUCAGGUGUUUCCCUACGAGGCAGUUGAAUUACACUAUCCAACUAAAGAAAAUUUCAAAGUAAAUGGUCAACGCAUCAAGCAUUAUGUGGAAGAUUUCCCCACCGUUAAAGAGAGUCUUGAUCUAGCUGUUCCUGAACAACUGCGACACUACGUCUAG